AUGCUGCUGUAUGGCGAUGAAGCUACGGCCAUUGAGCGCUUCGCCAACGCGCCAGACCCUGAAAACCGUAUCCCGACUGAACAGGAACAAACCAUCUUGGGGCGACCAGGCCGCGAAAGUCGCUCGCCUACUACGCCAGGGGCCAGGAACGUCGUUCCGCAUGUUAUUCUUGAACUUUCUGCAGUGACGCUGGCGCCCUCUCAAGCAGCUGCUGUACAGAAAGAGGCAGACCCAGUCAACAAGUCUGUCGUUCCGCUGACCAAGCUGCGUUCUGGAGGAGACCUACCGCCAAGCUGGAUUGGAGGUACAAUACUGGCCCGGAGACCCCAGUCUCCUGAGAUCGUCUUCAUCGGCCGAGCCAUCGACACGCUUCGGUACGAAGGUGUCGAAGAGGAAUGGUUCCAACACCUGCCGGCCCAUUUUGGGAACACGCUCGCACUUGACCUUUCUAUCAAAGCCCUUGUCGCCGCUUGCGCGUACAAAAGAAGUACGCCAAACGUCACUUCUGGUGACUGCUACCAAGCCCUAGCGCUCGCCCUCAAUGCUGUGCAAGCGAACAUCAAGCAGUCGCGCGGAGAGGCGAACGACGACAUGCUUGCAUCCACAGCGCUGCUAGCUCGUUUCGAAGGCGAGGUAAAGAGGAAUUACGUUCCAACACGUCUACAUGUUGAAGGGCUGGCUACAAUCUUAUCCGCCAGGCCUGCAACAUAUCCAGUUACGCAGCUUGCGAGAGACAUCCUCGACUUCCAUGCUGGCGAGUCUGCCAUUAUGGCAUGUAUUCAAGAUACGUCCUCGCCGUUUGAAAACGUGGCCCGAGCGUACUAUACCAACGACAGGCUGGGAUGCAGCGACAGCGAUCGAGCGCAACUCAAGUCUCUCAGCAAUGAGGUCUUCAUUCGCCUGCCGCGGCUGGUGAGGCUUGUUCGCUCGUUGCGACUCCAAAUGCCUCUGCAGCACAAAGUGCUCUUGAGUGCGCUUAAGCUUUCAGAGAACCUUCUUGAGCUGCAAGAUCCUCAAGCUGAAGAAAUGUUACUCCGAAAUGUCAAAUUGCACACCUCCAGCGAUUCCUAUGCUGACUCGCUUUCCCGCCAAAGCCUGCAAUUCGCCUGUUACAAGGAUUUCGAGGCGCUCGCAAACUACUGGCAAAGCCGCCUGUCUUUGCUAAGAAUCAAAUGGCGACUCCAUGGCCUGUACAAUGAGCUAGGCGGUGUCUUCCAGCCAAGCCUUGGGCCAAUAAUUGAUGAGAUGCUUCGGCUUGCGAAGAACAUCCUAAUGUGUUCGGAAUAUGCCGCGACUUUGCUACUGAACAAGCAUUUUCGCUUGUUUGCUCACGCGAUGGUCAUCGUGUGGGGGGUCACCAUGAACGUACCGGAGGCCUUUGGCCAUGAUCAGGCCCGCAAUGGAAGGAAUAUCCUGUCUAGUUUGUUAUUACAAAGGGUCAACAGGGCACUGAAAGCUAAGCCAGCUUUCACGGCCGAAGACAUAAAUAUCGCGGCAGAGAUCUUUGUAGGUGGACCGCUAAGCGGUCGAUUUGCGGAGCUCUUUGGCUUGUGA